AUGUUGAUGUCCCAAUCACUUCGCCCGUACCUCCAAUGCGUGCGCUCGUCGCUCACUGCCGCCCUCUCCCUGUCCAACUUCGCUUCUCAGGCCUCCGAGAGACACAAUGUCCCCGAAAUCGAAGCCGCGAGCUCCCCGGAAGUCAUCCUCAACCCGCUCACCGUGUCGAGAAACGAGAGUGAGAGGGUAUACAUCGAGCCAAGUAUCAACAGCGUGCGGAUAAGCAUCAAGAUCAAACAGGCGGAUGAGAUUGAACAUAUCCUGGUCCACAAGUUCACGCGAUUCUUGACACAGAGAGCCGAGUCUUUCUACAUCAUGCGGAGGAAACCGGUCAAGGGCUACGAUAUUUCCUUCCUCAUCACCAACUUCCACACGGAGGAGAUGUUGAAGCAUAAGCUGGUCGAUUUUAUAAUCCAGUUCAUGGAGGAGGUGGACAAAGAGAUCUCAGAGAUGAAGCUUUUCUUGAACGCAAGAGCGCGUUUUGUGGCGGAGUCGUUCCUUACUCCGUUCGAUUGAGCGUUACUACAGAGCGAUGAUUGUACAUAUCAGUGCCAAAAUGGGGUCAAACGUAGGAACAACCGCCCGUAAUGGAUAUUGAAUUGUUAGACUUGACGGACUCGGACAAUGAUAGGGUAGAAGCAAGCACUCACGAGAAAGGCUUGCAAGUAAAAGCCGAGCACGCAGCCAGCACUGAAAUGACAACCACAAUUCUUCAAACAAAGUCCGAUUGUCACUCCUAAUACCCGCGAUCAGUCACAUCGAGAACUUGAAGCAUCACACAU